CAUAUGUUUAUGAUAUAUCUUCAAUAAAAUUUAAUUUUUUCUACAGUGUAUAAUAAAACAGAGACCGUUUGUGCGCUGUAGUUAGAAAAGUAGGGGUGCGUUACUAAAUUUGACUGUGAUAUUAAAAGAAAAAUCAUUUAAUACGGUAAUAAUUUUUUACAGAGUUUUGAAAAUGAAAUGAGAUAAAGACAUCACGAUCAGAAUGGCCACAUAUCCAGGAAUGAGUCUAAGAGGAGAAGUCAGGGAAAGUAUUUCUUUAGACGAAGAUGACUUGAGCGACGUGGAGGAUGAGGUUUUUAUCAGAGAUGGAAAGAAUGGCUAUAAGUUAGCAGAAGAACUGAAUGUUAAAAGACCUUUGAUGGCGCCCAGGAGAAAGCUGGGUAAACAGGAUAUCGGUACGAGACUGAAAAAUAAACCGCCGUGUAGGGCUUUCUGUAAACCUUGUUGCUACGUUUCGGCGGCACUUGCCGUUCUUAUAGGACUUAUAAUUUUAGUAGUGAUCCUAGUCUCCAUGUACCCAUUGCCUUUGGAUCGGUUCAGAGAUUGGGUUAUCAAAAAAUCGCAUCCCGAAGACGACGGUAGGACCAAACUAUUACCUUGCCACAACUUAAAAGUAACAGAGGUGUGGUCGGUUACGUUGCCAAAACUAACCACGGAUUCUCCUGUACGCUCUUUAGAUGUCAAUGCCGACGGUGUGGAAGAUAUAUUAUUUGGAUUUGGGACAGGUGAUAAUUCCGACGUAUUACCUCCUGACAUUUUCUGUCCAGUAAUUAUGAGUGUACAGCCUCCCUGUGAGGGAGGUGUUGCAGCGCUGAACGGAAUAACUGGAGACAUAAUUUGGCGACACUGGUUUAAUGACACUAUAUUUGGCUUACAUUGUACGGCUGAUAUAAACGGGGAUAUGCAGAAGGACUGCUUGGUGACCGGCAUGAAAGGGACCAUCGCAGUAAUCAAUUCCAAGAAUGGAAGUGUCAUUUGGCAAUUAGAUACGGGACUGUCAAACAUCUUUGUAGCCAAUUUCAUCCAAGACCAAAACAACGACAGCGUUUCGGAUAUUUUGGCUUCUCAUUCGUCGCUGACCGCUGAAAGAGACGGCCAUAUCGUUUUGUUUUCUGGAAAGGAUGGGCAUGAGAUUAAAAGGACAUCGACGUUUGAUAAUGCCAAAACAUUUUAUAUGCCACAAAUGGUAUCGCUAAAUAGCAGCGUCUUUGUACUUUUUGGAACCGGAUCUCCGUCCACUCCUGGAAAUUUAAGUUUAACACCUUUGAGUGACAUAAUGAUGGGAGUUUUCUCGAAUCAAACACAAGUAUUAUAUAGAGACAAAUUCAAGGGUAUAAUAACACCGUCCAUUAUAGUGGAUAUAACAGGAGAUAAAGUACCAGACAUUAUUACAGCCAUGUACAAUUCGACCGUAGUUGCAAUAAACGGAGUAACACUCCAACAAAUAUGGAAUUACACAAUUCCCGGACCCAACUCGGAGACUAGCAUCAGUCCUACGCCUGGAUAUUUCAAUUACGAUAACGUCACUGACUUUUUAGUUAUUUAUCAGAAAUACGACAGUAUUCUCAACAACAACUACACACAGGCCUUCAUUAUUGACGGCAAAACCGGACAAUCGAUCUAUAGCCCUUUCGGGGGAAGCCUGAUCACCCAAAUGGGAGGGCUAACUAUCAGCAUGGAGAAUCACGGGUACGACAUGUAUUUAUUUUGGACAGCAGAGUGUACUAACAUCGAAAUGUUCAAGAAAACAGGGGUCCAAAAAGGAAAGUUGGGUGAUUUUUAUGAUGAAUGUCGCCGACAGUUUAACACGACUAGAAUUUUGAAGUUGAACGUGUUGAAUCAGUUCCAUCAACCACCAGGGUUUGUCAUUUACAAUUCGGUUGAUCAUGUAACGAAAGAAUUUGGCAGCAUGAAGUCGUCGUUGAAACAAGUAAAGGAGUUCUAUCGUUCGCAUGAGAAAGUUCACAUUGAAGCGGCGGGUCAGAGUGAGGUGGACGAAAAUUACAGCGUUGACGCACCCAUAGGAAUCAGGAAAUAUGGAACCUCUAAUUUCCGACAUAAAGACGGUCGAACCGGCAUCGUCAAAGACUACGGUCCUUCGGAGGUGAACAGCCCCAUUGUCGAGGAUCAAGAUGGCGCAAUCUCGAACACGGACUACGACUGGCCCCAAAAUCAGCCCUCGAAUGUAUUAAACGAUUUAGAUGGCCUGGAGCCUGAAUUUAAUAAUUAUCCCAUCGAUGACAGCAUCCCGUACAACCAGAAGCACUUGCUUAUUGACGAAAGCUCUCGGAAAAUGGGCAGCCGCGAUCCGAGAAGUAAAGAGAAGACAGAGUCAUCCAAUAAAGUAGAUCCCAACUCCAAAAGCAACCAAAAGGAAAAGUCAAGAUCCAGUACGAAAAAGAAAAAUUUAUCCGAUAAAAAAUAUGGAAUAUAUGAUUACAAAAAUCUCCGCUCGGCGCAAAAUAGGCUCCUCCACGACAUAAAUAACAUACCGACGGAAAUUUUGAAGGAUACUUUCUUCAAGAAUGAGGAGAGACGAUUGAGGAAAUCCAAGUUCGAACAGAGGGAUAUCAACGCUCACAAUGACAAGAUAAAAGAAAACGAAGACAUACAGAGCAUUAUAGAGGAAGAAAAGGUGGCUCUGCAGAACAAUUCGCUGAAUCUUUGGGACUUGGAAUCCGAGAAGGAGGUACAGGACUGGGAGAGUGGAAAUUACAGAGGAAAAAGGGAAGUGAACUAUACUUUUGAUAGCGUCACUAAAAUUACAUCAGUAGGUGCAGUAGUAAAUCCUUUCAACGUCUCGAACAACACGAAUGCCAUAGACAUUGUUUUCGUAACUUAUUGGCAACCGGCUAUUUUAGAAGAGGACGUCUUAUUGAAACAAGACAUACACGAUUGUGUGGAAGAAAAACUAUUGCAAAAAUCAGAAGAUCAAAGUCACGAGUACCCAAAAACGAUGGAGAAAGAUCAGAGGGCUUCAUAUAAAAGAGAAUGUUUGGCUGAACAGGCCAAUUUAAAAAAUGAUGUCGCCUAUUUCCAGCAACUGUUUCAACUUAGAUUAGGUCAAAUGACCGUCUACAGAUUAAGAAUAGAAUGUGAAUGCUUAAGUGUAAAUACGAAUGAAAGGUGUGUUAAAUUUUUACCCAAGAGUGAUCAAAGCUAUCCCUCAUAUUUAGGAAGGAACGGCGACGGUGUUUUCUUUGUUAGAGAUUAGUAAUUUCUUAAUUCGUUUGGUUUAAUAUGCCCUUAGAAAGUGAGAAAUGUUUGUCACCUAAUACAGAUCCGAUUACACUGGGGUAUUUUUAGUUAUUUAUUAACCACACAUUUUUAUAAUCAUUGUUAAUUAGGCUGGACAUCGUCAAAAGCUAGUUAUAAAUCAGAUGUAAAGUAAAUAAUGUUUUAUAUUUAAAAAAUAGUAGCAAAUAAGUAAAAAUACCUCAUACAUUCUAUUUUUGUGUACCUGGAUUAAUUUAAAUAACACUUUACAUAGUAAUUUUUAAAUCUAUGUUAACAGCUAGUGAUACCAAAGAGGUUUUAUUAUUUUGUGGAAAAGAAAACGUCUAUUUUAUAUGCAGAAAUAUUCGACAAUCUAAUAUUAUUUGUGGUGAAUUGUGAAAUUUAGUUAUACAAUCAAUAGUACUAUCACAAAAAUUCUUUGCGAUGUAUGGGUUGAUUCUGCGCACACCUGUAAACAAAUAUGUAACUUAUUAUAAGCUUAGAUAAUUUGCAAUUCUACGUUACAUGCAGCUUACAGAAGUUCUCACGAAACUGUGAUUUUCACAACUGAACCAGAUGUCAUCAGAACGGCUUACCGGAUCUUUGUGUGAGGUUAAAGAAAUAUAAAAUAAUUCUGACCAAUUUAUUUAUUUGAAGAAUGAAUCUAUUAAUUUACGGAAUAUAAAUCUACCAUCUGAGAGAUUUUGAUAUAAACACUUGUUCAAUCUUAUUUCACAUUGUUUUAUGUUUACUUUUUUCCAACUAUUCAUUUACCACUACUAUAAAAAUAUGGGCAGCAAACUUACCAGUAAGGUUUAUAUUUUUAUGAUUUAUAGAUACAAAAAAACUAUAUUUAAUUGAUGUUUCACUUUCAUUUUAUAUAAAAAUACGUUUGUAGAUGAAAUUUUUAAGGUUAAGGUCAAUGCAAAUUCAGUGACGUGAAGUUGCAGCUGCAGUAGUUCAUUUGCAUCUCUGUCCAGGGAGUACAGGGACGGCUCCAGAAUUGCAUACUUUACGUAAAUAUUGUAACAAAAUUAACCGUGGCUUAUUAUAUAAUUAUAAAUUUACAGAGAAACACAGAAUCGACCGUUUAUUAUCGUUUAAAAAAAUACAAAUAUUU